CAGGAGCCAUCUCCUAAAACACAACACUUUCCCUCGAAAACCUUAUCCGCUUCUCUCAAGCUUCAAGCUUCAACCAUGGCGUCACUGAUACUCGGAGCUCUUCCAAUCCCCACUCAAACGCUCGCUUUUAGCUCUCGCAUUUCGUUUUCCCAGUCUGAAACCUUAUCCAUUUCUCUCCCCUCCUCCACAGCUUCGCUCCCAGUCUCCACAGCUACCACUCCAUCAGUCCCUUCAGGUACACCACCUAGGGUUCCGGUGCCUGUGGCUCCCCCUAAGAAAGAUAAGUUUGAAGACGAUACAAUUGUCAAGGUUGAAAUUGAUGAGUCUCUGUCUUAGCUAGUUGAGCCCAGUCUCUUUGAUUUUUAUUUAUAAUUGUAAUUUAUGUACCUCGAAUUGCUUUAUUUGAUGAGUCUUUGAUCAAUACUUUUCUUGGUCUUGCUUGGUAUUAGUGAAUUGAAUUAAGCUUUAAA